AUGUCAUCAUUCGAAACAUUCUAUCCAUUUCCCCGUUUCCCACCUGAAAUCCUCCGGAUCAUCUAUCUCCUAGCAACCCCGCCACGUUGUGUGUUUGUCAACGAACACCCCAAGCCAGAUAGUGACUCCUAUGGGGACUUCUACGAGUCGUUCGACACUCGAGUACCCAUACCUGGUAAUCUCACAAUACACCCAAGCCUGGCCUACUUCGCGCAUAACUGGUGCCAAAGGGUCCGGGUCAACAAGCCGCCCCGCGAAGCUUGGAAUUUCAACACCUACAACGCCAGACGCAGCAAAUCUUUACAGACAACGCUAGAUUCGUAUGGCUUCACGAGCAGCAAAAAGCCAUACCAACCAUUGACCCCGACUGCUGAUGUCCCAGAGAUCCCAGCCCAUUGGCUUGCUGAACGGCCUGAUUUAGCAUGGCAUUUCACGCGCGAGAGCCAUUUCCGUAGCAGAACGCCCAUCCCCCCCUUGCUCCAUACAUGCACCGAAUCGCGACAGGUGCUGAUAGAUUAUGGAUAUGAGCUUACAUUCCGAACACGCACGGGUGGGCCGCGCUUUCUCCCGGAUGAUCUGAGGAGGGUGAGGCGUCUUGCGUUACAGGAUACGUUUGAUCCAUCAGAUGGAUGUGGGAUUGCUCCUGCUUCUGGGGCGCUGAGGUUGUUUUCUGGCAUUCGAGAGCUGUUAUUGAUACAGCAAAAUUUGCGGUGGGCACAUAAGUUUUGGUUUCCUGGUAUUGAGGAGGUGGGAGACCAAGGGGAAUGGACGUAUUUAGACGAUCAGGAGUUGUGGAAUUGGGUAGCACCUGAUUUGGCAGAUAUUCUUGAUUAUGAUCUACGCAGGAAUCGCGAAUGUCUCUGCCUUGAGUAUUACGAUGCGGCCCUUGCUGAAUACGAACGAGUUCAUAAGGGGGAUUUAUGUGGAUUCUUUCAAUAUGUUUCUAAAAAAUACGAAACGGGGUUGAGAGAUGAGAGAAAUCGGGUCCUUGGUGUUCGCGAAGAAGGGCAAAUGACCGUAACACCUUCUUGGAAUAUACCGAGUGUGACUCUUGUUACUUUUGGUCCGAAACAUGCGAUAAAGGGCACUUCUCCGUUGCCGGGAGAGGUAUUGGCAGAACCCUCAGGAGAGGGAUUACAGAAACCCGAAUGCGCACCUUCGAAGCUUGUUCCCCUUUUAGCCACUAUAUACGGCGGAAUACGUGGAUAUAUAUCCAUAUUCAGGUGUCUCUGA